AUGGGAGGAGUCUGCUCUCUAACUAAAGGAGGUGGAGUCAAUGAGGUAGGCCCCGCUUCAGGAUGAAAAUGGACCUUGAUCAGCAUCUCUUUUAAGUACAACUUAAGAACUUAUUCUCUCUCUUUCUCUCUCUCUCUCUCUCUCUCUCUCUCUCUCUCUCUCUCUCUCUCUCUCUCUCUCUCUCUCUCUCUCUCUCUCUCUCUCUCUCUCUCUCUCUCUCUCUCUCUCUCUCUCUCUCACUCUCUCUUUUCUCCUCCCUUCCUCUGUCAGUAUGGGAAGACAGAUGAGAUGGCUAUAACCCUGGCCCAGUCUCUGGGACAAAACAUCGGCAUCUUCUCUGACAAGAAGAGGAUCCUCAACGGUACGAUCCUGUACACACACACACACACACACACACACUGGCCACACACACACCAACUGGCCACACAGAUACAUGUAUGUUGUGUGUUCCACAGGCGAGUGCAAGUGUGACGACCGUUGGUCUGGCUGCAUCAUGGACGAUGUUGGGUAAGUUUCCUCUAAAGUACUUUGUUUCCCUAACAACCCGUCCCACACUGCCACGGCAACAUACCCCAUCUGCGGCAAUGCCGACAUUCCAAACGUGUUUUCUCUCUGUGCGUCUCUGUGUCGCUGUGAUGUCAUAGUAUGUUAGUCUCUUAGAGAAGAGGGUUGUCACCAUCUGACCAUGUUAGAAAGGAUGGAAGUACUGCACUUUUAACCACUAACCCUAACUCACCAUAACCUUACCCCUAACCCUAACUCUCACCUUUAAACCUAACCCUCAACUUUAAACCUAACCAUAACCCUGAACCUAACCUUAACUCCAACUAAGAACAAAUAUCUCAUAUACUUAUUCAUCAGUUCUGAUGAUAAUGCCACCUUUGUCCAUCUUAGGAAGGCCAGAUAGUGACUACCCAGAAAAGUAGUCUGUCUGACUUAGUUGCACAUUUAGACAGGGAGAGAUCAUCUGAAUCAGGAAAAAUAAUACAUUCACAGUGAUUCUCUUAUUAGUGUUGACUCUGGGUAAAUAAUGUCUGGAGCAGUAGAAAAUACUUUAGACUGAGUUGUAGUUCAGGAAAUGUUCCACUCGAUGGCAGUAGAGAUUGUUGUUUACUCCAUACAUCAGUAACUUCAGGCACUGGACUGUUUGGCCAGGGAUUCAUAUUAGUAAUACUAGCUGUGAGUAAUUGGUCAUGUCCUGUACUGCCACGUAGAGUUCCACCAAUCACAUUCUAUAUUCUGAAUCAUAUGUUAUACCUCUCUCUGUUAACUGUGGAGCUCUUGUACUGCCUUGUCAGCCAAAUGUUUACCGUUCAAUGUGUGUUUCUGUGUGUACACGCUUGCUGCUUUGCAGCUUGUGUGUGUGUGAGUGUAUCUAUAUGGAUGCAACUGUGUGAGCGCUGUGUGUGUGUGUGUGUUAGUAUGGAGGAUAUGUGUCUUUACCCCUCUUCUUUAAUACCUCUUGCGUUUCCCCUCAAUCCCAAAUGGGACAGCAGGUGAGCAAAAGCUUGGCUGGAACGCUGCUCGUGCGGUUUGAACCAAUCGGCUGCCUGGAGGGGUUGUCAGUCAUCUCAACCUUUCCCAUUCCAUCCAAUAGCAUUACGGCCUCUGUGGCUCGAUGUCCCGCCUUAGCUUCGUCUUCUUCUUCUUCUUCUUCUUCAGAUGAUGCAGUAUAAUGAAAUACAGCUCUGUGGUCUGAUCUCAGCUGAAUUUAUUUAUGUUCAUUAUGUGUAUAUUUUUCAGAUAUAUGUUUCAUAUAUAUUUUUCAUAUAUAUUUUCAGUUUUGGGCUGAUGUCACUCGCUGAGCACUUCUGCAACAACGGAUUGUACUACUGUUAUACUCAUAGAGGGAUCCCUUUUCCCCCGUAAUGCUUUGACAAUGAGCCCUACCCAUCAUGUCUUGUCCAUCUAACCGAUUGAUACAGUCUGCAAUGUCAUUCCCGUACGAGACCAAUAUGACUUACAGUGAGGGAAAGAAGUAUUUGAUCCCCUGCUGAUUUUGUACGUUUGCCCACUGACAAAUAAAUUAUCAGUCUAUAAUUUUUAUGGUAGGUUUAUUUGAACAGUGAGAGACAGAAUAACAACAAAAAAAUCCAGAAAAACAAAUGUCAAAAAUGUUAUAAAUUGAUUUGCAUUUUAAUGAGGGAAAUAAGUAUUUGACCCCCUCUCAAUCAGAAAGAUUUCUGGCUCCCAGGUGUCUUUUAUACAGGUAACGAGCUGAGAUUAGGAGCACACUCAGUGCUCCUAAUCUCAGCUUGUUACCUGUAUAAAAGACACCUGUCCACAGAAGCAAUCAAUCAAUCAGAUUCCAAACUCUCCACCAUGGCCAAGACCAAAGAGCUCUCCAAGGAUGUCAGGGACAAGAUUGUAGACCUACACAAGGCUGGAAUGGGCUACAAGACCAUUGCCAAGCAGCUUGGUGAGAAGGUGACAACAGUUGGUGCGAUUAUUCGCAAAUGGAAGAAACACAAAAUAACUGUCAAUCUCCCUCGGCCUGGGGCUCCAUGCAAGAUUUCACCUCGUGGAGUUGCAAUGAUCAUGAGAACGGUGAGGAAUCAGCCCAGAACUACACGGGAGGAUCUUGUCAAUGAUCUCAAGGCAGCUGGGACCAUAGUCACCAAAAAAACUAUUGGUAACACACUAGGCCGUGAAUGACUGAAAUCCUGCAGCGCCCGCAAGGUCCCCCUGCUCAAGAAAGCACAUAUACAGGGCCGUCUGAAGUUUGCCAAUGAACAUCUGAAUGAUUCAGAGGAGAACUGGGUGAAAGUGUUGUGGUCAGAUGAGACCAAAAUGGAGCUCUUUGGCAUCAACUCAACUCGCCGUGUUUGGAGGAGGAGGAAUGCUGCCUAUGACCCCAAGAACACCAUCCCCACCGUCAAACAUGGAGGUGGAAACAUUAUGCUUUGGGGGUGUUUUUCUGCUAAGGGGACAGGACAACUUCACCGCAUCAAAGGGACGAUGGACGGGGCCAUGUACCAUCAAAUCUUGGGUGAGAACCUCCUUCCCUCAGCCAGGGCAUUGAAAAUGGGUCGUGGAUGGGAGCUGAAGGUUCGAGUUGCCAAACGUCAGCCUCGAAACCUUAAUGACUUGGAGAAGAUCUGCAAAGAGGAGUGGGACAAAAUCCCUCCUGAGAUGUGUGCAAACCUGGUGGCCAACUACAAGAAACGUCUGACCUCUGUGAUUGCCAACAAGGGUUUUGCCACCAAGUACUAAGUCAUGUUUUGCAGAGGGGUCAAAUACUUAUUUCCCUCAUUAAAAUGCAAAUCAAUUUAUAACAUUUUUGACAUGCGUUUUUCUGGAUUUUUUUGUUGUUAUUCUGUCUCUCUCUGUUCAAAUAAACAUACCAUUAAAAUUAUAGACUGAUCAUUUCUUUGUCAGUGGGCAAAUGUACAAAAUCAGCAGGGGAUCAAAUACUUUUUUCCCUCACUGUAUCUCCAUUAAUACUGUACCCAACAGCAGGAUUCUAUCUUUGAUAUUGUUACCUGACCUCAGCGACCUCUCCGUGGGGUCAGCAUGUCAAAGGUCAGAAGUUAUUAUUUACCCUUUCCCCAGCACAUGGCUCUUACCCAGACUCCCUCUCUCUGAGCAGAGGUCAAUGGUAUUUCAGACACUCGUAUUCAAUGAGCAAGCCUCAGUCACGCCCAUUGAUGUCUUGUCUCUUCUCAGCGCCUGUAUGUCUGUUCCUAUUAACUAAUACUGACAAUCUGCUGUGUGGGGGUUCUCUCUCCCUAUCUGGGCUCCUUAAUUAAUGUGUGAUCUAUCUGGGUUCUAUCUCUAGUUUGUGUGUGUGUGUGUGUGUUUCUGUGUGUGUGUGUAUCUGUAUUGCCAGUGAUUAAUUGGAGGUCUCUCUCUCUCUCUCUCUCUCUCUCUCUCUCUCUCUCUCUCUCUCUCUCUCUCUCUCUCUCUCUCUCUCUCUCUCUCUCUCCCUGUUAUUGUGAGUCUUUGUUUCAUUACUGAACCCUAAUCAGUAUGACUCUCACUUCUAUUGUAAGUGCUACAAUAAUCCACAGUCAACUCAGCCCCUUCACUUCCACCAUUUUCUUUCUCCGUGAAAGCUCCUGUUGGGCCCAGCAUUUUCUGCAUUGUGUUUGUAGCGCUAGCUCCCAUUAGCCACUCUCUAGCAUUACUACUCAAAGCAGAUACAUAUUUGCUGUAUAAUUUAGCAAAAGUGCUAUGGCGAGACAGGACAAUAGCAUCUGAGGCUAAGCCCUGAUUGCAGGUUAACACUAACAAUGACAUACUAACAACAGAAAGACCCCUGAUUGAGUGUCAAUUGCUUACUAGCAAACCAGGUCCUAUUGAUUGCUUCAGGACAAAGGUGCUCUGCAGAAAUGUAUUCAUUUCAAGUCAAUCAAUUUCUGCAACAAAAGACACCUUUGUCCUUAAACUAUCAAUGGGACCUGAUUUCUGCCACCACGCAUCACUGCUUGUGCAUAUGUUAUGAUUCACAACCAGAAGCAACGACAAGGACAAUAACAACAACAACAACGUGAUAAAUAAUAUUUCCUCUACACCAUCAGUCAAUAUUAAUCUUGUAUGCAAAUGACAUACCUCCACUAUCCCUAUUCUAUUAACCUAACUUUGACUGUGGUCAUCAACAGAUAAAAGGUGUGUGUGUGUGUGUUAUUCUAUAAAUGGUGGACUGUAAGGGAUUGAACUGAAAUGGAACCAACUCUUAGAAUCAGUCAGAAAUGUUAGUCAGUCUUGUUGAAAACGUUUUGUGGUAAAUGUUUCCUCCCUGAUCAUAUAUGGUAUACCGUAAGUAUAUACGACACUACUGGCCUUCUGUCUGUGAGGACAAAGCUAAAGCAAGACAGAGUGGCACAGCUGUGUGUGUCUCAGAGGGAUGUGUAUUGUUGAUGCCGUGCUGCAGUUCUUUCCAGUGUAACUGCGUGACUCUGUGGUUGUGUUGAACAGCUUCUACCUGCCCAAGAGGUUCUCCAACUGCAACGUGGAGGAGUACCACAACUUCCUCAACAGUGGGGGGGGAGCCUGUCUCUUCAACAAACCCCUCAAGGUACACACACACGCACGCACGCACGCACACAACACACACACAACACACACACACACACAACUUCAAAAUGCCGCUGGAGGUGAUAAUGAAGAAAAAUAACUUUAAAAUGUAUAAAACACUUUUCUUAAAUUUCACCCAAAGCGCUUAGAUAAACCUAACCACUCUCUUUCUCUCUCUUCUCUCUCCUCUCUUGUACACUCCCCCUCUCUCUCUCUGUGACUCAAGCUGUUGGACCCUCCAGAGUGUGGGAAUGGUUUGGUGGAGCCAGGGGAGGAGUGUGACUGUGGCAGCCCAGCGGUGAGUAGCUGAGAGUGGACAGACAUCGGCCCUAGACACCUCUAGUCCUGGAGAAUCUACAGGAAACCUUGAUUCAUAUGUGUUUGUUUAUAUGUGUUUGUAUUCCCUCAUUAGGAGUGCGAGAGGGAGGGAGAGAAGUGCUGUCAGAAGUGUACACUCACACAAGGCUCAAAGUGUAGCGACGGACUCUGCUGUAACAACUGUCAGGUACAGGUCACUAUGCAUUGUCACAACACACACACACACGCAUAUAUGCAUGCAUACACCUGCUGACAUCAUUUGACCUGUGUUGUGUGUGGGCAGAUGGAGUUUAUGGGCGUGGUGUGUAGGGAGGCUGUGAAUGACUGUGAUAUUCCAGAGAACUGCACCGGUAACUCCAGCCAGUGUCCCCCGAACGUACACAAGAUGGACGGCUACUCAUGUGAAAAGGAUCAGGUAAGAGAUAUCAAGAAUAAUCAGUGGACCAGUAACUGUGUGUGUCUGUGUUUGACGUGUACCAUUUCUCUCUGUCCAGGGUCGUUGCUUCAACGGGAGGUGCAAGACCAAAGACAGACAGUGCAAGUACCUGUGGGGAGAGAGUGAGUAACAAAACAGUUUUUGAUUAAAUCAUUGAUGAAAAGUUUUUUAUGUCAACCUCAAUGACGCUCAAAGGAGGGUUUAUUUAGGGUUGGUUGUGACAUCAUCCUUGUUGAUUGUUUGAUUUUGCAGAGGCGACCGCUGCUGAGAAGUUCUGUUAUGAGAAGCUGAACAUCGAGGGGACAGAGAAGGGGAACUGUGGGAAGGACAAAGAAACAUGGGUCCAAUGCAACAAGCAGUAAGGACACUUGUUUAUGUCACAGUUCUGUAAUGCUUGAAUACAAUGACAUGCCAUCGCACUGUACUUUUAUCCUUGAACAUAACACGUGUGUCCAGCAAAGUUUAGGUGAGUAAUGAAACCUGAACUUAGAGAGAAGGUUCAUCACUACUUCCUGUGUGUUUCAGAGACGUGCAUUGUGGGUACCUGCUGUGUUCCAACAUAUCGCCGGCCCCCCGACUAGGAGAGUUGCAGGGGGGACUGACAUCCUUCUCUGUCGCACAGCACAGCGCCUCGCUGGACUGCAGGUACGCACACACACACACCACUCAGCCCAGUGUGACACAGUCAGAAGUCAUCAGACUCUAAUUCAAUCAGUUCAUUAUGGUUCUCCCUGGGUGGCUAAGGAAUUACAGUCCAUUCAUAGAUAUUUACACACGCUGAUUGCUAAAGCGACCUCCAUAUAUUUACGUCACUAAACACAAUUGCUAUUUAGCGGAACACAGUUCCUAUUAAGUAGACCCAUUUAUCUAUAAUUGUACUGUAAUGAUCAUGACCACACAACACCACCAACCCACAUAUGCACCUUAGACCGCUGUGGCACUCGGGCUCCCGAGGCACUGCAUCUCAGUGCUUGAGGCGUCACUACAGACCCCCUGGUUCGAUUCCAGGCUGUAUCACAACCGGCCAUGAUUGGGAGUCCCAUAGGGCAGCCCACAAUUGGCCCAGCGUCGUCCGGGUUUGGCCGGUGUAGGCCGUCAUUGUAAAUAACAAUUUGCACUUAACUGACUUGCCUAGUUAAAUAAAGGUUAAAUAAAUACAAAUAAAAAGUCAGACUCUCUCUGGGGAGGCAAUUUGUCUCAACUGAUGAUUGAUUAAUUUAAUUAAUGUAUUUAAUAAUUCUAGUAAUAACUUAUUAAAUAAUAGGAUAUAAGAAAUGCCACAAAUUAGAAGAAAAAUAGAAAAAGGGGUUUAAUUGUUUCUGGUAAAAUAAUGAAAGAUCAGAAGGAAGAAAAAGUAUUUGAAAUUGUGGACGAUGCAGGUGUCCAGAGCAAAUACAGAAUAAUGCCUCUCUAGCUCUCUCUUUGUGAAAUCAAAACAAUUCAAUACUUGAUUUCUUGAUUUAUGUCCCUGUGUAACUUCUAUCUGAAUGGAUCCUCUGUGUCUGUUGUGUUGUGUGUGUUGUGUGUCAGUGGGGGUCAUGUGAUGAUAGACGGGGACAGUGACCUGGGCUAUGUGGAGGAUGGGACGGCCUGUGGGACAGAGAGGGUCUGCUUCAACCACAAGUGUCUGCCCCUUCAGGAGUUCAACUUCAGCACCUGCCCUGGGACCACCGAGAAGACCAUCUGUUCUGGACACGGGGUACAGAUACACACACACACACACAAACACACACAUGCAUGCACACACACUUUCUCUCUCUCUCUCUCCAACCUUAAUAACAUAUGUCUUGGUGUGUGUGUGCCUGCGUGCGUGCAUACUUGUGUAUGUGUGUGUUGCAGAUUUGCAGUAACGAGCUGAAGUGUGUGUGUCACUUGGGUUGGGCUGGAGACGAUUGUAACUCCACGUCUUCUCUCAGCUACCUGGUGGUUGGACCGACUGCCUCUGCAUCAGGUACAAACAACUCCACACAUCUCUAUAUCUCUCUCUCGCUCUAUUUCACUCUUUCCCUCUCCCUCUAUUUACACAAAGACUCUGUGAGAGGUUUUGGUUCGACAUACACUACCAGUCAAAAGUUUGGACACACCUACUCAUUCAAGGGUUUUUCUUUAUUUUUACAUUGUACAAUAAUAAUGAAGACAUCAAAACUAUGAAAUAACACAUAUGGAUUCAUGUAGUAACCAAAAAAGUGUUUAACAAAGUUCUUGAAAUGUUCCGUAUUGACAGACCUUCAUGUCUUAAAGUAAUGGUGGACUGUUGUUUCUCUUUGCUUAUUUGAGCUGUUCUUGCCAUAAUAUGGACUUGGUCUUUUACCAAAUAGGGCUAUCUUCUGUAUACCCCCCUACCUUGUCACAACACAACUGAUUGGCUCCAACGCAUUAAGAAGGAAAGAAAUUCCAUGCAUUGACUUUUAACAAGGCACACCUGUUAAUUGAAAUGCAUUCCAGGUGACUACCUCAUGAAGCUGGUUGAGAGAAUGCCAAGAGUGUACAAAGCUGUCAUCAAGGCAAAGGGAGGCUAUUUGAAGAAUCUCUCAUAUAAAAUACAUUUUGAUUUGUUUAACACUUUUUUGGUUACUACAUGAUUCCAUAUCUGUUAUUUCAUAGUUUUAAUGUCUUCACUAUUAUUCUACAAUGUAGAAAAUAGUAGAAAAUAAAGAAAAACCCUUGAAUGAGUAGGUGUGUCCAAAUGUUUGACUGAUACUGCACGUAUUUAAGACUUUAUUUUCAUUAUAAAUCAUUGGUUCAUUCAUUGUUUAGUUUAGUUAUUUUGCAUAUAAUCAUUAUUUUUGGCCUUUACGUUUGAUUCAUCUUUGUACUUUUAUUUAGCCAGCUGCAUUAGUAUCUGUUCACAAAACCAACCAGGCACAUCUUUCUUUUUGUUUGUUGUUUAUUUUCACACUCAUUCUUUGUCGACAGGCUCAUGUCAUUGAUGGAGUGACGCUGAGGUCAGAUCUGAGUUCCUCUUCAUUGUGUUUGUCCCGUCUGUGAUGUAAUUUCCUCUUCCUCCUCCUCUCACCCCUUCCCAGUCUCUCCAGCCUAUAGUCAGUCAUGUUUUUGAACCCUUCUACGUCCCCCUCAAAAACACACACAUCAAUGUUUGUGAUCUGUUUCCUCCCCCCUCUUUCCUUUCAGACCUCUUCCCUCUGAGUGUGCUGUGUUUUAGUGUACUAUUGAAGUGUGGUAUACACACCUGAUCACUUCAAAGUGUGUUUUUCCUACAGAUUCAUCUGGAAACAACUAUAAUACAGUUUGUUUAUAAAGUGCUCUCUCUCUCUCUCUCUCUCUCUCUCUCUCUCUCUCUCUCUCUCUCUCUCUUUCUCUCUCUGUCUCUCUCUCUCUCUCCUUCUCUCGUCCUCUCUCCCAACUUCCUCUCUCAUCUUCUGUCUCUCUCCUUCUCUUCUCUGUCCUCUCUCACUCUUUCGAUCUUCUCUCGUCCCUCUCUCUGUCCCUUCUUCCUCUCCUCUUCCUCUCCCUUCUUCUUCUCCUCUCGGUCUGUUACCUCCUCUGCGCGUCCACUUGCCUCCCUCUCUCCACCUCCUCCUUCUCUCUUCUCUUUCUCGUCUCUUACUCUCUGUCUCUCUCUCUCUCUCGCUCAGGUAUCACCAGUACUAACAUCAUCAUCGGGGCCAUCGCUGGCUCCAUCCUAUUCCUGGCUCUCAUCCUGGCCGUCACCGCCUGGGGAUACAAGUGAGUAGAGCUGGACCACAGCUCUAGACCUGGGAAGCUGACUAGUUAGGAUUAGGAACUGCUUUGGGAUCAUGUCAUUGGUCAGUGUGUCUGACGUGACUCUGUCUGUCUGUCCUUCUUCACUAACAGGAGCUACAGACAGCGGUGCUACGUUGAGUCAGAGGUUCACAGAAGAUUCUGCCGGUUUGUCAUCCUUAUUCUUUCAGGUUUACAUUUUAGUCGUUUAGCAGCGCAACGUACAAUUCCACGUUUUCUAUGACAUUCAUUCGUUUUUGUUCUAUUCAUUUGUUGGUCAAUUUGUUGAUGUGUUUGUGACAUCACAUCUAUGUCACGACAGUGUUCAGAUGUCUAAUGUUUGUUGGCGUUUCUCAGGCAAAUGCCUCCGGGUGACUAUGUGAAGAAGCCUGGGGAUGCAGACUCGUUCUACAGUGACCUGGCCCCUGGGGUCAGCACCAACUCAGGCUGUAGCUCCAAGAAGAGGUCUGGCUGUCUGUCUAACCUGCAGAUAUACACGCUCUCUUUCACCCCCUCCAUCGCCUCCAUCUCACAAAACAUCUCUCUUUUCGCAUUCAGGUGUGACAUCAUCUCACUGCCAUCGCAAACGUCUCCUUGUGUGUGGGUCUCUGUGGUGGGGGGGUUCUUGUUGUGUGUAUGUCGAGGUUGUCUUGUUCGCAAUAUGUGUAGGUGGUUGUGUAGUGUUGGUUGCAAUAUGCCUCUUUCUGCACAUUCUUCUUGUCACGUUGUCAUGGUAUCACUCCCUGUUGUCAUGAUAUCACUCCCUGUUGUCAUGGUAUCGCUGUCUGUCAUCAUGCUAUCGUUCACAGUCGUCAUGGUGUGGUUGUCUGUUCUUAUGGAAUGUACCAUCAGUCUCUCCUCCACCUACUAUGAGCUGUCUGUCUAUUCUCUACUGUAGACAAAAUAAUAUAAUAAUAAUAUAAUAAUAAUAUUAUAAUAAUAUCUACCAUUUAGGAGACGCUUUUAUCCAAAGUAACUUACAGUCAUGCGUACAUACAUUUGACUUAUGGGUGGUCCUGGGAAUCAAACCCACUAAACAGAUCAGGUUGGGGAUCAGGUUGUUAUUAAUGAUGAUUGUGUAGAUAAUGGUUAUCUCUGUUUCUGGCCCUGCUGCCUGCGUUUGUUGUUUGUGUGUGUGUGUGUGUGUGUGUGUGUGUGAAGGUCUAAUGGUCUGUCCCACUCGUGGAGCGAGCGAAUCCCUGACGCCAAACACAUCUCUGACAUUUGUGAGAACGGACGACCCAGGAGCAACUCAUGGCAAGGUAAAUACACACACACACACACACACAGUUAUAUUUCCCUGUGCUAACCGUGUGUUACUGUGUCCUUUCUCUGUAGGAAAUCUGAGUGGAAAUCGCAAGAAGUCGAAAGGGAAGAAGUUCCGUCCUCGUUCCAACUCUACAGAGUAAGUCACCAUGUUCCUGGAUGGGCUUCCACAUGGCUCAGGGAUUGUAUUUACACCCAUCCAGUCACUAUAGAAGUCAGCUCCAAUAGCAGCAAGCCAAGAGGAUCUGUAUGGUGAAAUAGACUAAUACAAAUUGUGGGAUCCAGCAUUUUAUAAGAAAGUGUAUUAAUGAGUUACAUUGACUAUUACCAGAGUUUGGAACCUUAGAGACGCCAUGGUUCUAGAAUGUUGUACUGCGCUGUUCUAGAAAGAGAAAUGGCAUUGUAGAAUGCAUGUGGGACCUAAUGGCAGUCACUAUGGCCAUGCUUGAGCGGACCAAUGCUAUUCGUUCUUUAUCUAGGGGUUAGUGUUAUGGGUGAGGGUAAAUGUAAAGGUUAGUGUUAAGGUCAGGGCUAUUGGUUAUAAAGAUUCAAUUUGUGAAACAUACUUCUGUCCUUUCUAGCAACUUCUGUACUUUCUAGCAUGGCCACUCAAAAACAACCCUAACUGCACAUGCUCCUCGUAAAUGAACACAAUUAACGCCUUGUUGACCUCUCAGCCUUGUUGACCUCUCAGCCUGUUGUUGUUGUUAGUUUUUUUUAAUUUUCUGGUCUUGGCACCUGAGGUCAUUUGCAGAGCAACUGUUCUUGUUUGAAAGCAUGGGAGUGAAUGAGGAGAAUUUAACUGCUUGGACCGAUUUGUGACACCCGGCCAAAAUGCAAAUGACCAUGUUACUAAAACACAACAUUCAUCUAGUCAAGUUCUUCACAGUCCCAUCUUGUCUUCCUCUCACUUGCAUCUUGGUGGAGUGUGUUCAGAAUGUCUUUGCUCUGCUCUCCUAAAGUAUCUCCUCUUCCUCCCUCGUCCUCUUCCUCCCUCUUCCUCAUCUCCAUCCUCCUCCCUCUCGUCCUCUUUUUCCUCCUGUUUCCUCUUCUCCUCUCCUCCUCUCUUCUCGGUGUGUCUAUCACUCCCCACUCCUGCAGGUAUUUAACACCUCGCUUCCAAACAGAGCAUUAUGAUGUAACUAAGUGGGUAGAAGAUGUGAAUAAAAACAGUGAAGGACCCUACCUUAGGUAUUACUUCAGAUCAUCUCCUAUUCCCCCCUCUUUUAACUCCCCUUUGGUUUGGGUUCAAUUUGGCCAGGGGAGGUAGGGAAGGGUUAUACCAGAGGUUCCCAAAUGGGGCUCAGUUCUCUUUGUCACAGAUAAAGAGCAGAUUGAUUGGUAGUUCUGGUGAUGAUGUCAGAGCUCUGAUUGACAGCUCUCGGCCCUCUUGUGUCUUUGGACUCCCAUGAAUCAUUGCUUUUUGCAUAGGAUGGUUCCUUCUAGGAUUUAGGAUGGUUGGAUGUAUCAAUAGCUGCUGAACUUUUAUUUACAACAGUUUUACAUUUAGUUGAGUAUUGAGUAACAUAAUUGUUUUGCUUUAUUUGUAAUGACAUCAAAAUGGAAGUAAUUAUCAGAAAUCAUCUCUAUUUCUAGUCUAUUUCCUUAUUUCCCUCCAUUGCUCUUGCCAUGUUCUCUCUUUAUCUCUGCAUGUUCAGUGAUGUGUUGGCUCUGAUGUCAUCAUUGUGCUACACACAUGUCUAAGUCUGAGUCCCCUACUGAGUGUCUCUGUGCUCACCAGCCUGGUCGCUUCAUAUUUACCCACCAUGACACCAUCUCCACUACAUCUCUACUGGUCCUGGACCAGUCCAGAUACACCCCAACACAGGCACAGGUCUAGUCAAACUAACUGUACUCAGUGGGUGACUGACUGACCUGCCCACUCCCACUCCCAGCCACAGCACAGCUGGCCCUGUUGCAUUGCCUGAUGAUGUUGCAGCGGUUGAUGAUGUCAUAGGCAGGUUGAUGAGAGGUAGAGGUGACUGUUCCCAGACCAGGGCUGUUCAGACUGGCCUACUCUGGCACAGGCAGAUGCUUCCCCUAACCACAGCUCUAGGGUCAGAUUACUGUACCCCCCAAUCUGAACGUUAACCGUUAGGGUCAUGAAAAAAUGUAUUGCCUCAGUGUUUAGGGGCAACUUCUGCCUAUUCCGGACAGAUCAGUAAGAGUGAUGAUGUCACCGUCUAUAGUGACGUAAUUUCCUGUCUCUUCCAGGACCCUGUCCCCGGCGAAGUCGCCCACCUCCUCCACGGGAUCCAUUGCGUCCAGCCGGAGGUACCCUUACCCCAUGCCCCCCCUCCCCGAUGACCAGAGGAAGGCCAACAGGCAGAGUGCCAGGGUAAACUACUAUAUCAACACAGUAUAUAUCACAUACUGUACAACAUCUCAGCCGUAACAUAUACUGCACAUAACAUCUCAGACGUAACAUAUACUGCACAUCAUCAAAUACUGGGGAAAAAAAGUAUUUAUCAGACCAUUGUCAUUCUCCCCUUAAAAGAUAAGAGCCUGAAUUUUCAAUCAAGGUACACGUCAACUAUGACAACAAAUAGGACAAAAAUCAGAAAAUCAUGUAGAUUUUAUGAAUUUUUGCAAAUUAUGUGGAAAUAGUAUUUGUCAAUAACAAAAGUAUACUUUGUUAUUACCUUGUGCAAUGACAGGUAAAUGUUUUUGAAGUCUUCAUUUCUGUUGCGGUAUUUGGGCCGUCCUCAUACUCCUCUAUGACUGUCGCUGGGCAACAUGGACUUUCAACUCCCUCCAAAGAUUUUCUAUGGGGUUGAGAUCUGGAGACUGGCGAGACUGGCUAGGCCACUCCAGGACCUUGAAAUGCUUCUUACGAAGCCACUCCUUCGUUGCCCGGGCGGUGUGUUUGGGAUCAUUGUCAUGCUGAAAGACCCAGCCACGUUUCAUCUUCACUGCCCUUGCUGAUGGAAGGAGGUUUUCACUCAAAAUCUCACGAUACAUGGCCCCAUUCAUUCUUUCCUUUACACGGAUCAGUCGUCCUGGUCCCUUUGCAGAAAAACAGCCCCAAAGCAUGAUGUUUCCACCCCCAUGCUUCACAGUAGGUAUGGUGUUCUUUGGAUGCAACUCAGCAUUCUUUGUCCUCCAAACACGACGAGUUGAGUUUUUACCAAAAAGUUCUAUUUUGGUUUCAUCUGACCAUAUGACAUUCUCCCAAUCCUCUUCUGGAUAAUCCAAAUGCACUCUAGCAAACUUCAGACGGGCCUGGACAUGUACUGGCUUAAGCAGGGGUACACGUCUCGCACUGCAGGAUUUGAGUCCCUGGCGGCGUAGUGUGUUACUGAUGGUAGGCUUUGUUACUUUGGUCCCAGCUCUCUGCAGGUCAUUCACUAGGUCCCCCCGUGUGGUUCUGGGAUUUUUGCUCACCGUUCUUGUGAUCAUUUUGACCCCACGGGGUGAGAUCUUGCGUGGAGCCCCAGAUCGAGGGAGAUUAUCAGUGGUCUUGUAUGUCUUCCAUUUCCUAAUAAUUGCUCCCACAGUUGAUUUCUUCAAACCAAGCUGCUUACCUAUUGCAGAUUCAGUCUUCCCAGCCUGGUGCAGGUCUACAAUUUUGUUUCUGGUGUCCUUUGACAGCCCUUUGGUCUUGGCCAUAGUGGAGUUUGGAGUGUGACUGUUUGAGGUUGUGGACAGGUGUCUUUUAUACUGAUAACAAGUUCAAACAGGUGCCAUUAAUACAGGUAACGAGUGGAGGACAGAGGAGCCUCUUAAAGAAGAAGUUACAGGUCUUUGAGAGCAGAAUCGCUUGUUGAGGGACCAAUCUUAUUUUCCCCAGUAUUGCAAAAAUUAUUAAAAUCAUUGAUUCUGGAUUUUUUUCUCAUGCCGUCAUAGUUGACGUUACCUAUGAUGAAAAUUACAGGCCAUCUUUUUAGCGGGAAAGGCCAUUGGUGCUGUAAAUUUUUUCACCCAUGUAACGCACAUAACAUCUCAGACGUUACCUAUACUGCACAAAACAUCCCAGAAAGUAGGUAAAUACAAUAGUAGUCCAUGACGUGUGUACUAUAAAUACCCCUAUUGCAUUGUGGGGUUAACUGCAGUUAAGGUACUGAAGCCAUUAUCUAAUUAUAGUCUUCAUCUCUCUCAUCUCUUCAUCUCCUUUCUCUUCCUGCAGCUGUGGGAGACUUCAAUAUAACACUCCUGUUAUCUACUCAGCAAAACUACUUAAGAACUACAUUUUCGUCCACUUUUCUACAAAUGAAAAAAAAAAACAAGGCAAAAACAAAAUUGAAACAAAAUGACAAAAAAAGCACCUUGUAUGAAGAGAAGAGGAGGAAGAUGAAGAGGAGGAGUGUAUGCGAGGUCCUCCAGACCUGACCUGCUCAGUAGGGGACGCUACAGGGGCCAGCUGUCAUUCCUACACUGACAAGCGUAGACAGAACGAGGCAAGACGAGAUUUCUCUUUCAGAUCAGCUGGAGAUCCAUCAGAGAUCAGCUCAUCACUCGUUGGUGGGGAAAAAGCAAAACUGUUGUCAUGGUAAUGGUGCAGACAGAGAGGAGAGGCCUCGUUGGGGAUGUCUCCCCCACUCCCAACAUCCCCCCAGCUCCCACCACACUCUCCUAGCUCCUCCCUCAAACUGUCCCACCUUACCUUACUCACCUCUCCUCUCCAUGUCCCUGAUAACAAUCCUCGCCCCCCCAACCCCCCUCUAGCCCUGCCCCCAUGUAAACGCUCUCCUCUGAUUGGUGCUCCUCUUUGUUGAGGGGCGCGGACAGCUAUCAUAUCGCCAGAUUUCUUUACCAUUUUGAAGCACGCUGUUGAAUUACUGUAGAAAACGCCAACACUUUAUGCAUGAGAACCCCCUGUUAAUCAACUCUUCCUAGUGUCAUAAAGAAGAAGAAGUCUGGGACGGACAGCAUGCGGGGGAUGGUGAUGUCAUACGUACUGUAGGCCUUUAAGCUUUCUUUACAUUAUAGGCUUCUUUUAUCUCGAUGAUCAGCGACUCAUUCAGUACUGUACCACACAUUAUACUAGCCAACAGCCCCUGACAUGGACCCUAGACCCUAGACCCUUCACCCUUGAUCCUUGACCCUAGACCCUUGACCCUAGAACCUAGACACUAGACCCUAGGUCCUAGACGCUAGCCCCUAGCCCCUAGCCCCUAGACACUAGCCCCUAGACCCUAGCCACUCCCUGUUCUUUCUUUCUCCCUGUCAGGUUUUCCUGAAGGAUUUGGUUAUUGUCGUAAAUAUGUACAGCUUAAAGACAGAGUAAUGUGUGUUUUUCUUUUUUACUGACUGAGAGGUGAAAGAUUAAGGGAUACUCCCUCUCUCCUCCUCCUGCCGUGGUUUGUGUUAUAGACAGACGUGGUCUCUGUAGGUCUUUGUAGAGACCCCGCACUCGUUUUUUUCUGUCUGUUUCUCUCUUUUCAUUUCUCGCUGAACUCUCUCUCUUCUCUCCCAUGUGGCUGUGUGAACACACCAGCUUUCUUUUUCUUCCACAGCAGAAUGUACAAACAGUGUUCUAUCUUUCCGCUCUGUGUCAAUGUCAUCCCUUUCUCUGAGUAAUGCACACUCAGUCACAGCCCGUCAUAUUUAAGACAGUAAACUUAAGAAUGUCAUUGAUUUAUAACAUUAGCUGAGAAUUUGAUCAGUUUGGAUAUUGAUAAUGAUGAAUAUGAUUUGAAGUAAGAUAGUCCCAUGAGCCCUUCCUUGCUAAAGAGGGGAGAGAACAAGUGUUUUUGUGUAGUUUUAGAUGUGAUAUACAUGACUUUUCAAAGUGUUCAUUUGGUCAUGGUGGUUUAGAGAAGUUGGAGAAAUGUCCUGUGACCUUAAGCAGUGCAUUCUCAUUCCUAGCUAUGGUCUGUGUGUACAGCAGGGGCGGACUGGCCAUCUGG